CUAAUGGUGACAGUGGACUCGCACUUAGUGCCGUAGUCGUCAGUCACUACGUGUGGGCACAUCGUCGUUGUAGUGGAGUGUGUGUCACGUGAUGGGAGUAUUAAUGCUGAAUUGAUGUAGUGUUGUGGUAGUGAUAGAUAUUGUUACAAUAUAGGGGGCAUGAUGGUGCUGGGUACACUGACAGUGACAGGGUGGCAUGAUGGUGCUGGGUACAGUGACAGGGGGCCAUGAUGUGCUGGGUACACUGACAGUGACAGGGUGCCAUGAUGUGCUGGGUACAGUGACAGGGGGCCAUGAUGGUGAUGAGCUGGGUACAGUGACAGGGGGCCAUGAUGUGCUGGGUACACUGACAGUGACAGGGUGCCAUUAUGGUGAUGAGCUGGGUUCAGUGACAGGAUGCCAUGAUGGUGCUAGGUAAAUCAAAAUAUCAAUCCAACCUCAACAUUCCUAUUUCACCAGCAGAGAGAAGAAUAGUCAUCAGGCCAGCAACAUCAGUAGUCUGGCAAGACAACUACACACACGAUGGUCAUUAACACUAUAUCAAGUAGGACAUCUAUAGAUGACAGCCUCGCAGUUAUCUGCUUGUGUACACAUGUCACAUCACUUCAGCAAGCGAGACUGAGACUGGAGGGAGACUGUCUUACUGUGUAACACCAGGCGGUGGUGACAGACAUAGUAAUCAUGUCAGACUUGUCACGUGUAACAGCAAGCAGUCCCGGCCCCUCCACACAGUGAGAAAUCGUCUGCCGGUGGAAGCACUCUUCCUUCCCAGACGGCAUCAGCCUCCCCCCUUGGGGAGGGUUGGUGGCCAUCUUGCGAAGACGGCGAGAUGCAAGAAGCCUGCAGACUGUGUAUCAGCCACCAACUGAAACUCUUGUCUCAUUCAUGGCAGCUGUCGGUCAUGGCAUAUUCCUCCAUUGAGGGAGGGACAAACACCGUUAGUGUCGUGAGGCAGUUGCAUUUUCAUUGAGGGAGGUGAUGAGAAAUGACUUGGUCCCCUCCCUCCACCAAGCCACAGCUUUGCAUAUUCCCGCCAUGCAUUGGUGUCGGUGAUUCUCUACAUUCUGGCUGCAAGCCAAGAUUAAUGUUUGUUCACUCAUUGGAACCGCUUGUUACUCUUGAUGGAUGAAUAGACUGUCACUCACUCACUCAUGUGAGUUCUUUUCCGGACUGACGACGAUAGAUGGUUGCAUUUAACGGGAACUGAAUGGAAAUCCUACACACAGUCAGUAAAUACUAAGUGUUUCCGAUGUUGUUCAGUGAAACUGUUUCCUGCAACACUUUAGAAUGUCUUCAAAAACGAAAGCCAACUCCUUGCCAGUCCUGCAGUGACGUCAGCCGCGAGAAUUCUCGACACUUGGUUGAUACACUGAGCCAGCAAGUCGCAAGGAGAUAUUGUCACUUUUCUGUUGACCAUGAAGGUUUCUUUGAUGUUAUAAUGAAGCUGAUAUCAGACUCGCUGCCUCCCCUUGUCACUAAUAGUGAGAGACGGGGAAGGCGAGAGAGAGGGAGGGAGGAAGGGACGGUCCCUGGAGGAGAGCCUCCCAAUGACGAGGGUAAAAUGGCUGACAGUGAGACUAAGCAAGUCAUUACUCUCGGCACUGAUGAGGGCUAAGUGACUAAAUAAAUGUCCUGACUACAGUCACACAGCGCCCUCAGCACUGACAAGAUUCAGGGGCACUGACAUCGGAAACAGUCACGUGAGCGCUCAGCCAGUGUCAUGGCUGCCUACAGCAGCUGACAGUCAAAGGCCGAGAAGCGUGAGGCGAUGAUAAGGCCUCGUGGACCUCCCCACCCGCCUGAUGCCCGUAGUCCACGGCUCGCCUCCCCGGGACCACACGUGGACAGGGAAGCGAUUCUGGCCACCCUACAGCUCGUAAAGACCACUCCUAAUGACGUAGCCCCUCCUCAACCCUCCUCCCCUACUCUACCAGCUUCCUGUCACGUGGCCUGUCUUGGAGGCAUCGCAGGCACUGAUGGCUCAGCGUCCUCGCCAGAGAGCGCUUCUCAGUGCUGCAAUCAUCAUGUUUACCAUCAUCACGUUGAGCCGACAGCAGAUGACGUCACUUCCGUGAUGACGUCACACAAAGGGAAAGCAGCUUCCUCUUAGCGAAAUAAGUGAUGGCUACUCAUCAUCCACAGCAGAUAUCAACAGACUAUGCCAGGGUGGACACUUCUCGGGUCUGUGAUUGCCACCCGUCACUCAGUGAGUGCAGGUAGUGUAUAGAUGUCAACAAGGACUAUUAGCUCGUCCUUCACACACAAUGAGCACAAAUAACUGUUGCUCUAGCAACGUGCGAGGCUUCACGGGUAGGUGAGUGUGAGGGUGGAGACGACUGGUGCAACAAGAAAGGCGACAUGGAUUCCAUGAAGGAGUUGAAGGACUGGCUGGUCACCAAGUGUCGUUUGCCGGGCUUCCAGCACCAGACGCUGAAGCCUCCAGAAAAGUCCGAGUCGAAGUUUGUGUCCAACCUCGUGACGCCUCAGACGAUCCCGGAGUUCGUCAUCCCCGGCUCCUCCGAGUCCUCGCGGAACCCCAGCAUCUGCUCCAGCGACGACCUGCGCAGUCACUCCAGCGGCAUGAGCGUGACCUGCUCCCCCAACACCAGCCCUGCGGUGUCUCCUCGCAACUCCUUCUCGGGGCUGGGUGUUCCAGACACCAAGUCACCUGUCAGGGUGCGGUCGGCGCCGGUGUCUCCUCGCCGAGAUUCUCAUGGAUUCUUGCGAGACUUCGGUGCGCGAUCGCUCUCCAAUCUGCCCUACCCCCGCGAGAACCCCGCAGACCCAGCCAACCCGGCCGCCGCGGAGCAUCCGCAUGUCAGGAGCAGGUCCAGCUGCGGCUUCUCCACGCUCAAAGACAAUCCGCACAUGCGCAGGAAGGAGUCGCUGCCGCCCGUUGGCCGGUCGGACGGUGAUCAGCGCCUGCGGGGGUUUGUUCGCCGCCCCUUCCGGUCGCACGAGUCGCUCUUCGCCACCAUGGAGGCUGCAGGGGCGGCAGGGGCCGUAACCGACCAUAGCACGCCCGGCCGCUGCUCUCCAGUCUUUGCCGACCAGAAUGAUUAUCUCCCCUUGAGGGAGUCCUUUCGCCGCUCGCAGCGCUACUAUCGCCGCCGGUCGUCGUUGGCGCAGGUGGAGAUGACGACGGCGCUGUGGCGACAGGCGCGAGACAACCACGACGUGCAGACCCGCCGCAUCGCCGUCGUCGACCUGAUGACAGUGCCAGCUGACCCCUGCAAGGUCAACAAGCGCCACUCCGCUCCCUCCUGCACCCCGGCCCCCAGCAGUCUGCUGAUGCACAAAGCCAGCGUGGAGGUCGGCAGCAGCGACAGCCACCAGCACGAGGCCUGCAGCAGCGGCGCCACCUGCCGGGAGAACUGCAGCGUCGACAGGUCGAGUGCCUGCCCAGGAGGGGGCGAUGGUGACGGCCACGACAAGACGUUGACGGAGCGGGGGGAGAUCAAGUUCUCCUUCCAGUACUUCCCCGCCACCCGCCGCCUCAAGCUGCUGCUCAUCCGGGGAGAGAAUCUGCGCUUCCCGGAGCGGCCCGACAUCGUCACCAACCCCUUCUUCAAGGUGUCCCUCAUGCCCGGCAAGGUGCAGAAGCAGGUGUCCGAGACGGUGAAGCACACCAGUAACCCUGUCUACAACCGCGAGUUCUUCUUCAACGACAUCAACAUGGACGAGUUGAGGAACCUCCGUCUGCGCAUCAAGGCCUUCCACAAGGGCCACAACCUCAAGAUGGCCGAGUACCUGGGCGAGGUCAACAUCCCGCUGGCCAACUACGACCUCCUCAUGGAAAACCGCAUGUGGACAGACCUCCACUUCAAACCCUACGAGCAGGAUCUGGGUCACCUGCAGGUGGAGCUGCUGCUGGAGCCGCGUGAGGAGCGACUGACGGUGGGGUUGUGCAGGCCAAGGGACUACCUGCUCACCACAUCACCGGCGCGCCAGGUAAGCACAGGUAGAGCUGACGUAGUAAGUCUCCCACAGGUGAGUCUGGCAGGUAAGUCAAGGUGCGCGUACAGGUGUGUAGUAGCUAGGCAACCAACAGAACUGUGGGAUACAUGUGUUACAGUAGGUCAGCAAACAGACCUCAGGACAGACAGGUCAGGUCGGCAUUUCCGGUAAAUUAGUUCAUCCAACGAGUUUUGUUAAUUUGAACAUGUUCUACUUUACAUUUCUUUGAAAACUGCUGCGUGAGCCAACAUGGCUACCAUUGAGGUGAAGGUCGAGGCCUGUGCAUGCGAGGUUAGAGUUGUUUGCUCCACCCAUUCUCCUAGUCCGGGUACCUUGUUUGUGGUCUUGUAAAUACUAGCAGCCGUUAUGAGAAAAGCACCUGGCGAGACUACACCAUUGUAUUCAACUUGUUCUUCACCGAUCAUCUGACAGGUGUGGGUGGGCUCCUUCCUUCCCUCCAUCACUCGUUCAGAAGGAACAAAGGGCUUGAACAUGAGUUUUAGUAGACAAACUACAGUCUUGGGUAGC